UUUAAAAAAAAAAAAUCUUCUUGUUUCUAUCUAUAUAUAUAGUAAAAUGGAGAAUAGAAGCAGUAAAGCUUCAAGAUCAUCAGGGAGACAUGAACAGAUCCAAGAAAGAACACAGGAGGGAUUUCUCCUCUCGAAACUCCAGCUCUUCAAACGACACAAGAAGGCUAAGCAAUUACAGAAGGACAUCAGGAGAUCACAUGGACAGAUUCAAGAUAGAACACGUGAGGGAUUUCUUCUCUCGAAACUCCAGCUCUUCAAACGACACAAGAAGGCCUUAUUACAGCUGGAUACCAGACAUGAUAGGGGAUUCCUCCUCUCGAAGCUCCAGCUCUUCGAACCGCACAAGAGCGCUAAGCAAUUACAGCGAGAUGAACUCGUUAAGUUUUCGCGAUUCAGCUUGGGCAAACAAGAGCAGUAUGCUAACGGAAUUUGCAAGGGAUUCUAGCAAAGACUUCCUAUACGGUCAUUACCUUUUUGAUCCAUCAGAGAACAGGAGUCUUCCCUUCUUUUAUAUAAAUAAUUGACCGGAAGACUCUAAAAUAUAGUUUGUAUACAAAAUUUGUGCUCAAAAAUAAGUAAGAAGAUUGUGGUGGAAGGUUGAGGCUUUUGUAUUGAUUGUGUAACUGUGUGGCACUGCGUGCAUGUGUUUAAGGUGUGUGCUUGUGAAUUGUGAUAUAUAUCAAUGAAUUCUCUUGGUUUGUGUUUAA